CUUUGCCAGUAAAACAAAACUAAUCUACUGCAGAAAAACAAGGAUUCCACGGAUCUCGAGUUCACAUUUCUUAGAGAGGGAAGCUCUGACUUGAUCCAAGUCGUUUUGGCAAUUUAUUAUUCCAAUCAAAGCGCUUACCCCAGAGAGUGGGGCAGGCAAUUCUACCUAUUUAUAGUGCCAAUAUCGAUUCAAUUCGUGAGUUGUAAUUGAAAGAGCGGGGAAAGAAAUUGCUUUCUUCGCAAUAAGAACUUGAGAGUUUCUCUUCAAUUUCUUAGGGAAGGUUUCAGAGAAGAGGAGAAUCCUCACAGAAACUUAUUGAUAGAUUCUUCCAUAGAAAAGCAGCCAUAUCCGUCUCUCGCGCUUGAAUCCUUCUAUUCUCCGUACCCAUUUUGCAGACUUGCAGAUCGCUCUCCCCAUGUCGAUCUGCGGCAUCCAAGGCCAGGUGCUGGAAGUAACAGUUGUUGGAUGCACCAAAUUGAGGGAUACAGAGUGGAUAUCCAGGCAAGACCCCUACGUCUGCCUCGAAUACGGAAGCAGCAAGUUCAGAACCAGAACAUGUACAGAUGGAGGCAAGAACCCCAGCUUCCAGGAGAAGUUCAUCUUCACCCUCAUCGAGGGUCUCCGGGAAGUCACCGUCCAAGUCUGGAACAGCAACACGUUAACCAUGGACGAUCAUAUUGGUAGCGGAAGGAUUCUGUUGCAGAAGGUCCUCAAUGAAGGAUACGAUGGUUCGUCGUGGCCUAUCCAGAGCAGAAAUGGAAGGUAUGCAGGGGAAGUAAGCCUGAUACUGCACUAUCCGAACCUAAAUAAGCAUCAGAAGAACCAGACAAUGUACGUGCCGUCGUAUGCGCCAUUAGCACCACCGCAAUCACAGGGCGCUUAUCCUUACACUCAGCCACCGCCGAGCGGCUAUCCUCCUAUUUCUAGCUACGUAAGCCAAACUCCACCUGUAUAUCCGCCGGUCUAUCCUCCACCACCGGCCCCAGUGCCAAGCUAUGCUCCUGCAUAUCCUUCCCAGCCUGCUGUCUAUCCGCCGCCACCAUAUCCCCCAACAACAUACCCGCCGGCUCCAUAUCCAGGGUACCCUGGAACUUACCCUCCAUACUGAUGUUUCAAAUGGGAAUGAAGGUGCAGCUUAUGAUUUGGAGUUGGAAGUAUUCCAGCGAGGACUCUGCAGAUUUUUUAUUGUGAAAUCUGAUUGUUAUAAUUUACAAUGUUGUGAAGACGAUCGAUCAAGUGCAUAUUUUGGAAUUUGUAAUAUGCAAUGGCAUUGCUCGUUAAGGUUGUGUUUCUUUUCAUCAAGAAUUUUCAGAAGUGGACCGCAAUCAGUCUGAAAUAAAAGAAUGA